UUUAAUCCACAUGGACUUGAGCAGCUGUAGCACUUUAAAAUUGCGGAUAAAUUAAUUGCCAUAGCUUUGCAGACAUCAUUUUCUGUCGGUUCUUUCAGUUAGUUUCACUAGUUAUCUGGUUAUAUUACUGAUUUCCAUCUUAAAUUAGCUGGAAAGAUGCGAGAGGCCUGUAUGAGGACUGUAACUCAUCGUCAAGCUGGUCAACUUCUCCAUAACAAAUUUGUUGUCGUCCUUGGAGAUUCGAUUCAGCGGUCUGUGUACAAAGACUUGGUGUUGCUUUUGCAAAGAGACUCUUACCUGUCGGUAUCCCAGCUCAAAAGCAAGGGAGAGCUGUCCUUUGAACAAGACCAUCUAGUAGAGGGGGGAAGACUAGGUCACAUGAACAAUGGCACCGAGUACAGAGAAGUUCGUCAGUAUCGCACUGACCAUCACUUGGUCCGGUUCUACUUCAUCACACGCGUCUUCUCUCGGUACAUGGAGAGCAUCCUUGCUGACUUCAAACAUGACCUGAAGCCAGAUGUGGUCAUAGUCAGCUCCUGUGUUUGGGAUGUAUCAAGAUAUAACCGUAAUUGGGUCCCAGAGUACAAGGAGAACCUAAAUAAAUUCUUUUUGAAGCUGAAGGCUGUUCUGCCAGAGGAAAGUCUUGUGGUUUGGAACAUGACCAUGCCUCUGGGCAAGAAGAUCAUUGGAGGUUUUUUGGUACCUGAGAUUCAGGAUAUCGGCCCAACUCUUCGCUAUGAUGUGAUUGAGGGAAACUUCUAUGGUGCAAUGCUGGCAGAUGCAUACGGGCUAGACGUUCUAGACCUUCACUUUCUCUUCCGGUUUAGCCUCCAGCACCGCAUGAAAGACGGGGUUCACUGGAAUGCACUUGCUCAUCGUCAGAUCACAUGCUUGCUGCUGGCUCAUGCUGCUCAGGCCUGGGGUGUAGAGCUGCCCAACCCUGUUGCCCCAGACCAGAGUAAGACAUCACUGCUGGAAUACAAGCAGACUCCAAAUCAAAGCUUCUGUAGGCCAGGAGGAUCCAUGACAGAUUCUGGUCGUUAUGGAGCUCCAGUCUGGCAACAACAGUUGCCCUAUGAUGGCUGUGGACCCCAUUUUUAUGAAGAUAGUUUACCUACGGACUCUCAGUUCGGCACUGGUUAUUUCAGCUUUGAGAACAAAACAGAUAAUAAUGGUGGGAGCUACAACAUCCACUGUGGCAGUAAUGGCAGAACUGCUCCAGCUGUCCACUCCUCAACAGGGAACAACUUGGUGAUGAAGCAAAAGCAGACAAAGCAUCAGUAUAAUCCAUACGAUCGACAUAAUCCUACCCGGCAUUACAGAUACUGAAAACAAGCAAUGAUGUGAUUUGUUUGAUUGUGGUUUAUUUGUGUACAGUAACCUGUAAAAAUGUAAACUAACUUUUUCACUUUUUAUAAUGUGCUGUUGUGACUAGGCCCCAUCUGC